GAAAAAUUCAUCUUAAUUUAAAACCAAACCGACCAGUAAACUACUGGACUCAUCAGAAAUGAAGCAGAGUUUGGUGUCCGCUGCAAGAAGAGCCCUCUCACUCCACGCCACGACCCCUUCUUCGAACUGGCGUCUCUUUUGUUCAUCACCCUCUUCCCCCUCCAACAAUAAACUCUUCGUCGGCGGUUUGUCGUGGUCAGUGAACGAGAAGACAUUGAAGGACGCUUUUGAUUCUUACGGGGAUGUCACUGAAGUGAGGAUAUUGUACGAUAAGGAAACUGGAAGAUCAAGAGGCUUUGGUUUUGUAUACUUUUCGAAAGAAGAUGAUGCCAGAACCGCAAAAGAUGCCAUGGAUGGGAAGGCGUUUUUAGGUCGACCUCUGCGGAUAAACUUUGCUCUUGACAAGGUUCGAGGAGCGCCUGUUGUAGUCCCUCGCCUUCCACACAUUGGAGACCCCACCAAUCGCAACCAGUAAACUACGACAAGUUUUUUGAUUUGUUGUUCAAGUAAAGAGUGAUCAAUGUUGAACUGUAAUAGCUUGAAGUAUCAUAUACCUUUGAUCAUAUGAAUGUGGCGGAUCUCUUGUUAUAUUAAAGCAAAUUUUCUUGGUUGA